GUGUAGUGUUAGUGUGUAGUGUACGACACACACAAAUCCUCUCUCUUUUUCAUUUCAUUGGUAAUAGUACAAACAUUUUUUGUAUUUUCAUCUCUUAAGCGCCGUUCCCUUUUACCUCAUCACUCUCUCUCUACUUUUUCUCUCUCUUUCUUUCUACAAAAAUCCAUUUUUUACUCUCAUUCUUGAUCAUUCCUCUAUAACUACACCAUAGUAGCAUUAACACUCAAAUACAAUAUUACUCAUACACCAACACAACUUCCUCAAAAAUCAAACAAAAAUAAUCAUCAUGUUUAUGUGUUCUUCACCAAAUGUUGUUCCACGUUGGCUUCAAGUUAUGCUGACUGAGAAAUUCUACAACGCUUGUUUAAUUCAUCAAGAAGAAAAAAAGAAUGAAAAAAAUAUUUAUUGUUUGGAUUGUUCCAUCAGUCUUUGUCCUCACUGUGUUUCUCCUCAUGCCUCUCACAGACUCUUGCAGAUAAGAAGAUAUGUUUAUCAUGAUAUUAUAAGGAUGGAUGAUGCUGCAAAGUUAAUUGACUGUUCUUCUAUUCAAUUCUACAGAACAAACGGUGCAAAAGUGAUUUUCAUAAAUCAAAGACCAAUUCCAAAGAAAUGCUCUUCAAGCAAUAUCUGCAGAACCUGUACCAGAAGUCUUCAAGAUCCUUACAAAUUCUGCUCUCUUUCUUGCAAGGUGAGUCACUUGGUGAAAACAUUUGGUUCACUAUCUGGUUACUUAGUCGAGUGCAACACCAUGCCACCAUUAUCUGAUUCUGGACUAGACGACAGUCUAAUGACACCUGACUCGGUUCUCGAACCAUCCGGUUCAAACCGAACUUCAUCCGGUUCGGGUGGAUACAUUGGCAUUGAUUGCAAAACCGCCCUUGCUUGCACCGCUACUACCGAGGUUGUCCGAAAGAAGAGAACCGGUGUCAUCACUUUCCGACCAUCGUGUCGGCCUGCAUGCUCGCCGGUAUCGGAAAUCUCGGGGAGUCUGAUGAAUAGGAGGAAAGGAACGCCACAUAGAGCCCCGUUACAUUGAAAAACAGAAUCUGUGAUUAUGAGGGAGUGGAGAACAAGAAUAGGCUUAAAUGAAAAAAGAAACUUUUGGUAUUUUAUAAUAAAUAUAAUUAAAUAUUAGUAUUAUUAUUAUUACUACUACUAAUUAUCGGUAUUUUAAAAUCUUAGGUUGUCAAUAAAUGGUGUAUGAUAGCAAUGACGGUGAGUUUUACGAAAUUACGUAGAGUUUAGGAUUUUAUAUUUUUUAACGAAUUAUGACGAUAAUGUAAUUUUAUCCAACUCAUUGUGAUAUCAAAUCAUGCAUUUGUAUUUUAUUUUAAGGGUAUGGGGAAGUAAACCCUAUAUAUAGCUUCAUAGUUUUGUAGAGAUAUUAAACCUGUGCUAUGAUUUAUGAUAUGAUGUUAUAUUGCACUG